CACAAAAUAGUUGUAAUUUGCCAGCAAAAAGCAGCAAUAAUAUUUAAACUGGUUAUUUAAUUUCUCUCAUAAAUUUCAUAAAUAUUUGAAAAAUGUAUGCAAGUCUAGGACAGGCACUUCAAGAAAACUGUGGAAUUGAAUAUGUGCAAAGGACAAUUACAGAGGACCGGAAUACUUUGAAUGCUCCUGAUGCGGAUAAACGAACGCCCCUUCAUUGGGCUUGUUCUGUAGGAAAAGUAGAUGUCAUUGAAUACUUAUUAAAGCAACCAGACAUUAAAAUCGACGAAAAAGAUGAAGCUGGUUGGACUCCUUUGAUGAUUGCUAUUUGCAACAAAGCUAUUCCUGAUUCAUUAAUUGACAAGUUCCUGGGACGUCCUGAUGUCAAUAUCGAGAUGACUACUCGUGGUGGACAAACAUGUCUCCAUUAUGCUUCUGGAAAAGGUCGACUUCCAAUUGUUCGCAAAAUAUGCGAACGUAACCCUGGCGCAAUGAGAGUAAGAGAUCUCCAAGGCCAACAACCAUUACAUCGAGCGGCUGCAGUAGGACAUCUGAACGUUGUGAAGUAUCUUCUUUCUCAAAAAUGUCCCUUGAAUGCUUCUGAUUCUUUUGGAUUUACCGCUCUCCAUUUUGCCUUAGCAGAAGGCCAUCCGGAGAUUGCUGUUGAACUUAUUAAAUCUGAUGCGGAUACUUUACGCACUGACAAAGAAGGUCAUACAGCUUUAGAUGUCUGUAUGGACCGAAGCAUUCGACAAGAGUUCAUUGAGAUGUGCAAGCAACAAGGAUUGGAUAUAUAAGUUUUCUAAUUCAAUCAUAAUGAGCACACCGAAAUGUCCUUCUGAUUUCAAGCACAAAUCGUGCUUUCAGAAAAUCCUUUCAAUAAAUUUAACUUUUUGAGAUUUAUCCAAGUACUCAAACUUCUAUGCUUCCUAUGAGAUUCUUUAAAUAAUAAAAAGCAUUAAAACAACAAAGCGAU